AUGAGCAGUAGCAUAGAAAAAUUGUCGUCGUACUUAGGAAAUGAUAAGAAAACCAUAACGAGAUCGCAAACUGGAAACGAAACUGAGUUCAAUUUGCUCACGCGAAAGGGUGUUUUUCCAUACGAGUAUAUCGACUCUUGGGAAAAGUUAGAUGAAGCUCAGUUGCCAGCUCAACAUCAUUUUUUUAGUUUCUUAACCAACGACGGUGUAAGUGACCAAGAUUAUAAGCACGCUUUAAAUGUAUGGAACUCGUUUUCGAUUAAAACCCUUGGUCAAUAUUCGGACUUGUAUUUAAAAACGGAUGUGCUUCUUUUGGCAGAUAUUUUUGAAAAUUUUCGCUAUACUUGCCAACAAACCUACAAACUCGAUCCCCUACAUUACUACACAGCUCCGGGAUUAGCAUUCGAUGCAAUGCUUAAAAUUACUGAGGUUAAAUUGGAACUUCUAACAGACAUCGAUCAGGUUAUGUUCGUUGAGAAGGGUAUUAGAGGAGGCAUCACUCAAUGCUCCACUAGAUACGCGAAGGCCAAUAACAAAUAUAUGAACGAAGGCUACCGUCCCGACCUUGAAUCGAUCUAUUUAGUUUAUUUUGACGUCAAUGCUCUUUAUGGGGCUACAAUGUGCGAAUUUUUGCCGUAUGGAGAGUUCUGCUUUUUAGAUCAUUUUGAUACGUUAGAUAUUGUAAACCAUCCUGAUGAUGAUGAUAUCGGAUACAUUUUGGAUUGUGAUCUUGAUUAUCCCAGAGAAUUGCACGACAGCCACUCCGAUCUACCCCUGGCACCCGAACACAUGACCCCCCCUGCUUCUAAAAUAAAAAAAUUAAUGCUUACUUUAUACCCAAAACAAAACUAUGUGUUGCACUAUCGAAAUUUAAAGUUGUAUAUAAAACAUGGAUUGCGACUUGUUAAAAUUAACCGUGUGUUACGUUUUCGGCAAUCGCCCUGGCUAAAAAAGUAUAUCGACCUUAAUACCCAAAUGAGGCAACAAUCUCAAAAUGACUUUGAAAUAAACUUUUAUAAGCAAAUGGUAAAUAACGUGUUUGGGAAAUUGAUGGAAAACGUCAGAAAAUAUAAAGAUGUACAUUUGGUGACGGCAUGGGAAGGCCGUUACGGCGCCCGUGCGUAUAUCUCCAAACCAAAUUUUAACAGUUGUACCGUUUUUGGUGACAACCAAGAUAUUGCAAACAUAGAAAUGAACCGUUUAGAGGUGUUGCUUAACAAACCCAUUUAUGCAGGUUUAGCGGUAUUAGACGUUUCAAAAACUUUUCUUUAUGGCUUUCACUAUAAUUUUGUUUUGGAGGAGUUCAAGGAACGUGCAAAGCUCUUAUACACCGACACGGACAGUUUGAUAUACUCUUUUUCAGUUCCCGACAUUUAUCAAUCCAUAAAAACCAAUUGUGACAAAUUUGAUACAUCAGGUUAUAAUCCAGAUAACGUUUACGGCAUACCUCUCCUUAACAAAAAAGUCCCGGGUCUGAUGAAAGAUCAGAAUAAUGGUAAGAUAAUGUUGGAGUUUGUGGGCCUGCGAGCCAAGAUGUACGCUUACCAAGUAGACGGUAAAGUAUUAAAAACCAACCAAAGGCGCAACCUCGGCCAGUAUUCGAGAAAUAACUAUAGAAGAUUACAAAAAUUGCCUCUUUAA